CCGGAUUGGUCUCUUCCCUUUGAGAUCAUGUGUGAUGCUAGUGACUAUGCGGUCGGGGCCGUUUUGGGCCAAAAGGUGGGAAGAGCAUCUCAUGUGAUCUAUUAUGCAUCCACCACACUCAGUGACGCCCAACGCAACUACGCCACCACCGAAAAAGAAAUGUUGGCCGUCGUUUAUGCGCUCGAAAAAUUCAGGUCAUACUUACUUGGUACCAAAGUGAUCAUUUACACUGAUCAUGCGGCUAUUAGAUUCUUGAUGACAAAGAAAGAGGCCAAACCACGGCUGAUUCGAUGGAUACUACUCCUGAGCGAGUUUGAUGUUGAGAUCAAGGACAAGAAAGGCAUGGAGAACUUGGUGGCCGAUCACUUGAGCCGUUUGGUCUUGGGCGAAGGAAACAAUCAUAUCAAAGAUGAUAUCCGAGGCGAAUUUCCCGAUGAGACCCUUUUCUCCCUUAAGGAAAUUCGUCCUUGGUACGCUCACAUUGUUAAUUUCCUUGUUCUAAACAGGUUUCCACCAAGCUUCUCUAAAGCUCAAAGAGAGAAACUCCAGCAUGAUGCAAAGCAAUACGUAUGGGAUGAACCAUAUUUAUGGAAACAUUGCAAAGAUCAAGUCAUUCGAAGAUGCAUUCCCGAAACAGAAAUUGCAUCCAUACUUGCUUUUUGUCACUCACAUGCAUGUGGUGGCCACUUUGGAGGAAAACGAACAUCCAUGAAGGUACUUGAAUGUGGUUUUUGGUGGCCAAGCUUAUUCCGCGAUGCUCAUGUCUAUUGUCAAUCUUGUGAUAAUUGCCAACGCAUGGGCAACAUCUCUCGAAAGCAUGAGAUGCCACAAGUUCCUAUGCUCUACGUGGAGAUCUUUGAUGUGUGAGGAAUAGAUUUCAUGGGACCUUUUCCUAAUUCCCAUGGAAAUUUAUACAUUCCAUUGGCGGUAGAUUACGUAUCCAAAUGGGUGGAAGCAAAAGCCACAAAGACCGAUGAUGCCAAAGCAGUGACUGAAUUCCUCAAAACCCGCAUCUUCUCAAGGUUUGGGGUACCACGCAUCUUGAUAAGCGACAGAGGCACUCACUUCUACAACAAAACUGUGAGUACCUUGUUAAAGAAAUAUGGCGUCACACAUAAACUCUCCACCGCCUACCAUCCACAGACAAACGGUCAAGCUGAGGUAUCAAACAGAGAGCUGAAAUCAAUUCUUCAAAAGACAGUAAAUCCGAACCGUAAGGAUUGGAGCCUGCGCAUGGAUGAUGCCUUAUGGGCAUACAGGACCGCUUUCAAAACCCCAAUUGGAAUGUCACCCUAUAGACUCGUGUUCGGUAAGGCCUGUCAUCUUCCGGUCGAACUCGAACACAAGUCUUAUUGGGCGGUCAAAACAUUCAAUCUCGACAUGGCUAAAGCAGGAGAGCAAAGGAAGCUGCAACUCCAGGAACUAGAAGAGCUUCGAUUGGAGUCCUAUGAGAAUGCCGCCAUCUACAAGGAAAAGACGAAGGUAUGGCAUGACAAAAUGAUAAUAAGAAAGGAUUUCCAAGUUGGAGACAAAGUCCUUCUUUUUCUCUCACGCCUUCGCCUUUUCCCCGGAAAAUUGAGAUCACGAUGGGAAGGACCAUUCAAGGUAGUCAAAGUCUACACUCAUGGCGCAGUGGAAAUAAAAAGCCUCGAUACCGGAAAAAUCCUCAAGGUUAAUGGACAUCAACUCAAACCAUUCCUUGAAGGUUUCCAGAAAGAAAGCAUUGAAUGCAUGGAUCUCAUCGAUCCAAUCUUUGAAGAAUGAACACAACAAUGGCGUCGUGCCGCGACGUUAACUAAGGCGCUUCUUGGGAGGCAACCCAAGCAAGGUUUUUGAACAUCUGGGGACAUACUCGAUCGAGUAUAACCUUAUACUCAGUCGGGUAUGAGCAAAAAGAAAAGGGACCGGGCACUACUCGAUCGAAGGAGCAUUCAAAAAUUGAAAAAUAAGCAAUACCCGAUCGGGUAUCACUAUACACCCGGUCGGGUAUUGCUAGAAAUGCUAAAAUUGAAGGGGACUGACUCCCACACUCGACCGAGUACCCGUUUCAAAAAUGGAAAGAAAAGCACAUACCCGAUUGAGUAUGGAGGAAUACUCGACCGGGUACAGGAGACAGGCUGCUCACAAAGUUCAUUUUCUAAGCAUACUCGACCGGGUAACCCCACCCUACUCGAUCGAGUACAGGAGGCAGGCCGCUCAAAAACUACACUUUCCAGCCAUACCCGACCGAGUACCAGCACAUACUCGAUCGGGUAUACGGGUCUUAUAACGCCCAAACCCCAUUUUUACACCUUCUCUCUACCAUAUCUCUUCCAAAUCUUCACCAAAUCCACCCAUUCCAACGCCAAAACACUCCCCUCAUCCUCCUCUACACAUUCAUACCCACCAAUCCCAUUCUCCCCCAACUUUCAGAGGUCCGAAAAACCCUACCCCCACCUUCCAAUUUCGGUUUUCAAAGGCCAAAUUCACUCCAAAUGGCUCCAAGGAAAGAGAAAGGGCAAAGCUCAAGCACUAGGGCAAUCAUCCCGGGCUACGAGGACAUCCUCUUCGUGGACAACGAACAACGCACACGCUUCAUGUCCACAAUUGAAAGGCAAGUCAAACCUUCCCGCUUUUUAUGCCUUGAUGCUCUAAAGGAAUUAGGAGUAUACACAAUAAUGAAGAAAUUUUUUCAUGAGUUGCAUAUGGAUAAAAUUUUCAAAAUGCAAUACAACUCAAAUGAAAAAAUUAUCUAUGAACUCCUAAGCUCGGUGCACUUUGAGAACAAUGAAGAGGACUUUAGGGAUGAUAAACUCAGGUUUCGAUUGUUUAAUCACAAUCACACCAUCACGAAACUUGAGUUUGCCGAACACUUUGGUAUUCCGGUCCCGUACCAAAAGUCUAUAUCCGACAAUACCGCCUUCGGCCACACCCUAUGGACCAAGAUGACCGGGGAGACCAAAUUUAGCUCCUCCCAACUCUACAUUAGUCAUGUCCAACAUCCAGUCCUACGCCUCUUUUUGAAAUUCCUUGCCAACUCCUUGCUUGGACGUCCCAACAACCAUCAUACAAGGAUGGGGGAUGUAUGCCUCAUCUCGGUAGCCUUAUUCCGUAUCCACGUGGAUUUCAACCUCUGUAAUCUCAUGUGGGCUCAUCUAAAGAAGCAAAGUGUGGCAAAGGGUGCUAUCGUAGUGGGCGGGGUGAUUAUGCACUUGGCCACAAAGUUCGGGUAUACGGAUGACUCUCCUAUACCCGACUACUGUUUAAUGGACAUAUCUUGGCUGGGCCACUCGGGUUGUACAUCUUUUUCACACACCGUUUAUGGUGAAGAAAGGCCCAAAAAUAUGUACAACUGGCACAUCCACCCCAAACCCCUCAAAUACUUCCUCUUGCCCAACCCAGAACUCCCCCAACUCCACUUCAAAACAAGCAGACCGGAUCAACAUUACCUCUUCCCAAACGCCCUCCCACCACAUCUCCAAGAACCGGAACAGGAACUCCCCCAAAACCAACCCGAUGACGAGCCCUAUGAGCAACUCCAUAGCCAUCCAACCAUGAGCCAUGAUUUCCCAGAACAAAGCCAAAACCCUCCACCACCCGACUUCUUUCAACAACUUCUAGAGGGUCAACAACAACUUCUUACGGGAAUAGCCCAAAUGGACAACCGGCUCAACCGAUUAGAGGAAGAGCAAAGAGCCGGUUUUCAAAGAUUGGAGGAUGAGCAAAGGGCCGGCUUUCAACGUUUGGAGGAGCUCCGGGAGGCCGAUAGACACCGGUAUGAGGAAGACCAACAUAGGUUCUACGGGCCUAUGUACUCGUUUAUGGCACCGCAGGGAUCCUUCCAUACCAUGGCGAACCCUCCUCCACCACCCUCAUGGUAUGACCCCACUCAUUGGGGUAACUUUGGAGGAUCUGGCUCCGGUGGUGGAGGGUACGACGGCGGAGAUGGCGGGGACACUUACAUGGGAGAUGGUGGUCAAGGGAGCGGCUUUGGAGGGAGCUACUACGGAGGAGAAGGCGGGCACUAGGGACAGUGCGUGAUUCAAGUGCGGGGGAGACACUCAUGAUGGCACUCAUUGUAUCCUUAUGAAGAAUAUGAAGAUUCAAGAUAAAGAAGAAGAGAGGAGGAGAAAAGAAGACAACACUAGGAGGCCAUUAAACCCAAGAUGCUCUUUUGUAAUUUGAGUUUAAAACUCAUUUUUCUUUGUAAUCCUUGGUGGUCUUUGUGUUUGUAUUAUAUUUUUGUUGAACUGUGGAACUUUUGGACAAACAUUGACACUUGUAAACAUUUGAUCUUACUCGAGACGAGUAAAGGUUUAAGUGUGGGGGAGUUGAUACGUUCGUAAUUUCCAUUUCUAUGUUUAUGUUUUUAAUUAGUUUUGCUUGACUUUUACUUUGGAAAUUACACACUUUUGGUGUAAUAGAUUAGAUUGUUAAAUUCUUGUAAAUAGGUUAGAUUAGAUAUAUUCUGAGCUUAAGCAGGUUUUGGUCACCCAAAGUACAGUUGGUGAACCCAAAAAGUGAAGAGAAGGUGCAAAAGUUCAAAGACAAAAGAAGAUCCUGAAUUUUGGUCUAUACUCGGUCGAGUAUUAGCUAUACUCGAUCGGGUAUUAGGUUGGAACUUCAAAUCGGAUCAGAUCCGAAGACAAAGGAACAUCCAGGGAAGAUUUUGGCCACGAUUCUAUGUCUAUACCCGAUCGGGUAGACCGACAUACCCGAUCGGGUAUGCCUUUAAAUUGCAAACGAAGAUCGGUCGAGUAUAGCCCGAAUACCACUUUCUAAGCAUACUCGACCGGGUAUUCAUAUAUACUCGAUCGGGUAUACACUUAGAAAAUAGCCUGAAACCGGUCGAGUAUGCCUCGGAUCGGGUGUUACACACAUACUCGAUCGGGUACCAUGUAUAUACCCGAUCGAGUACCCGAAUCCCGUCCCAAAAACCUAUAAAUACACCUCCUUUCCUUCACAAAAAGAUAUCCAAUCCCUUUGUAC